AUGGAGCAAGAUUAAUAAUUUGAAAUAGUGGGGACAUUUAACAAUAAAUUGUAACAGUUUACAAUUCGUAUCAUUCAUAACAUAGAUAUGCUUAGCAUUAUGACUUUUACAGAGUAAAAGCUGUUUGAAUUAUAUUUUUCAGAGGAGGAUAUAAAAUUCCAAUGGGAUGAAUAAAUGGAUAGAUUGGGCCACUCAAAUUUUGUUUCAUUAUGGAUUAAGAAGGAAGAAUUUAAGAUUUUUGGGAAGUAGGAUAGUAUUCAGUGGCUUUUCAACUUGUGUAAAGGAAAAUUCAUAUUUCUAUAAAAGAACAAAAAUACAAAUAGAACUGUUAUAGAACAGAAUGAAACUGGAAUUGUUUAUAAAUUGAAUGACAAGGGCACUAAUGAAGAGGAAUAUUUUGAUAAAGUUCUCUUUUAGAAUAAAUAGCAAUUCAAUUAAGCUUGUAUUAUUCCAGAAGAAUUAAGAGUUCUUAAAUUACUUAAUCAAAAUAAAUGUCCCUACGUAUUGAACAUAGAGGCUAUUUAAUAUGACGGAAGCUAAUUUUCCUAUCGUUAUAAGAAAAAAAGACUGGACUCAUUAAAAAAGUUCAUAUCAUAGACUCCGAGCAUUAAAUUAAGUUAAGUAUUAGAGAUAAUAAGAUAGCUUUUGUAAGUUUAAGUAACUCAUUAUUUCGAAUCAAUAAAGUUAAUUCAUAACAGAUUAGAUUUGGAAAAUAUUUAAUACUCAAAGCUGGAAAAUGUAAUUCAAAUUACAAGUUUUACAUAUUCCUUUUUAGAAAAUAGAUAAACAAUUAAAUUAAAUCACCACAUAGGUCAUACAUCACCAGAAUGUUUUUCUGAAUAGUAGUUGAUUACUACAGCAGCGAACAUCUACUAAGUGGGCAUACUAUUUUAUAUAAUGGUAUUUGGGAAUAAUCCCUUUGGAAAAAGUUAGGAGGAGAUUCAGAAAAAUAAUCCUAUGGGAAAAUUUAUGAAGCCUAAGGAAAAUGGAUUGAUAUCAUAAAAGUUAGUGACAGUUAAAGAGAUUAUUUUUGAGAUGAUUUCAUCAAUGAUGUCCAUGAAUCCCUUAUAAAGGAAAUCAGCUUCGCAUUACCUGAGAUCAAAAAUCUUUUUGCCAUUUUUGAAAUAAAAAAUUUCUAGAAUGGAAUUUAAGUUGUAAUUUAAUGAGAUUAACGAAGAUGAUACUAUUAACAAUGAAAACAAAAUUUUAAACUCCAUCUACAUUCUUAAGACAAAAUUUAAAUGA